CCUCUGUCUAUCACUGUGUCUUCAUCAUUCGCAGGAUUCCCGCCCACAGAUUCAGGAGAACUUCACUCAGUCGUCCGUCCCUGUGUGGAGAGGAGUCACGUUUUCCCCCUUCAAGCCCUGCAGGAGUGACAAGAAGGCCUCCACUUUCAGAAACUAGCAGAGCCGAACAUUCAUCAGGAUCAAACGAUGAGGAGUGGAGCCGGGCUGUAUGUGUUGGGCCUGCUGUGCCUCUACAGCUCAGUUUUUGGGCAGGACGCAGUGGAGGUCCAACCUGGCGUCCUCGUCUUCUGUGACGACCCAGUUGUGGAGAAGGCUGUGACCAGCGCUGUGCACAAGUUCAAUGAGGAGCUGACUAGCGACAACAAGCUGGCCCUCUAUCAGAUCCUAACAGCCACCAAGUCAGACAGCGGCCCAGACUCGGUGUACUCACUGCAGUUCACCACCAGGAGGAGCGACUGUCCAGUAAGCAGCAGCAAACCCUGGACAGACUGCGACUAUCUGCCUAUUGACCACAAGCCACUUGCAUGCAAUGCCACAGUCCACGUGACAGAGACAGAAACAGACACUAAACAAGUUUCCUGCCUGCUCGAUGAUUACAUCGUCCCAGAGAAAGUUCCCUGUUUGGGCUGCCCUGAGGAGAUUAGUGAGACUUCAGAGGACCUUAGGGUCCCCCUAACCGCCUCCCUCUCCAAGUAUAACCAUGUCGUCUCUGAGCAUACACACCUGUUCACCUUCCACAGUGUCGGCUACGCCACCAGACAGGUAGUCGCAGGUCUCAGAUACAAGUUGAGAUUUGAUAUGAGGAAGAGCAUCUGCGCCAAGGUUGACCACAAAGAACUUAACGUGCUGUGUGUCCCUGAUGAAGAGAAUGUGGAGUUCAGUAACUGUAACUCUACAGUGGACGUAGCACCAUGGAGACUUGAGGCCCCAGACCCCCAGUUAGAGUGUGAACAAGGUGCACUGCCUGCGGUACUCACCAGGCGCCGUCCUCCCGGCUGGUCUCCACUCAGGAACUUUCUUUUCGACACAGUCCCCUCUCCUUCAUCUCCACCCGUACUAUUGCCCCCCAAACCCUCCGCCAAGGAGGAAUCCUCGGAGGAAGACACAACCGGCUCCAAACAGGCUGGCUCCCCUGCGAAUGACGACCCCUUCCAUUGCCCAUCCAAGCCCUGGAAACCCUUCAAGCCAGUCCAAACUGGUGCACCCGCAGAUCCCACGGAGGCUACUCUAGAGUUGGCUCCUGCUGAACCUUCACCUGGGACCUUCAGUGAUACAGACCUGCUGGGAUAAAUAUAAAAACAACAGUUCCCGAAAAAUAAUCUCACUCAUCCUGCUGUCCUAACUGAUUUGUUGUUGUUUUAUAGACUAAUUCUCCAUUAUAAAGGAUUGGAUUGCAGGGAUUGUUUAUUGGAAGGGCACAUUUGCAGCUACAUUGUGCAGAAUUAAUGCUGCAAAAGCAGGAGAGUUUUGGUAAUAAGAUGAGCCAGUUUUCAAGGGGAAAAGAGCAAAUCAUUUUUGAGGCUCUGUAACUCCUGAAAGCACAGUGGGCCAAAAAAAAGGACUAAAUUAAGCCAGAGAUAAACAUGAAGAGAUAUAAUGUUAUUGUAUUAAUUGCAAGUUUAGCAGUUAAAAAACAAACAAAAAAACAUUGCCAGUUUGAUGUUUCCUUUGAAUAAACUGAGAUAAUGAAAGAUGACAAGUUCUGGGUGUACAUUGGAAAUCUUCUCUAAAGGAAAAUAAAGUAAAUACUUGGUC